UUCAAUACAUACUGCAACUUAAAUUUAGACGUUGAGAUAUUUACCACUCACACACUCUUUUUGUUUUGUUUUGCAUCGCUGUGCUGUGCUGGAUACAAUUGAGUUGGCAAAUGUUGUUUAAGCGCCUACAAACAGGUUGACUACGUUUAAUAUUUACGGUAGGUUUCUUGUGCUUUGCGAUAGCUCCCCAGCGAGCACUGUCUUAUUGCAUUACAUUGAAUGCUCUUUUACAGCGCAAUUCCAUCUUGCCUUUUCACCCUGGCCGCAUCCAGAAUCAACAAACAAAACAGAUAAAUAUUGCUAGCUCUUUCACAUAUGAUUUACUUCGAAUUCGACCGAGAACUUUUGCAACUUGUCGUUGCCAAUUCGAAUCUCCUGGAAUCCUAAUUCAGAAGGGGGUUUUGAGGACGCAUACUUAUAUGUCCAGAGCACAUACAGCUCAAUACCGCAUUGCCAAAUCGAAGAAAAAUAGAAGAUUAGUAGAACUUUCACAUUCUUCAACACAAACGCGACAGGACAUCUUAAGACAGGGAAUAUUGUUGCUUGAACAAAUUCGAAUUCUGGUAGAGUUGGAAAACUUGGGACGCUCAACAGGUUUGAGUAAUCUUAUAAUGCCUCCAGCUACGAGGAAGAGAAAGUUUAGUGAAGAGAAAGAGGGAGAGGGCAAGGAUAAGGGAGGACCUAGUGGUGCGCAGAAAUAUUACGCAGUUAGGAAGGGGAAGAAAACGGGCGUGUUUACUGAUUGGGAGGAUUGCAAGGAGCAGAUUACGGGUUUUGGGGGAGCUAUGUAUAAAUCUUUUUCGACACAAUCAGACGCAGAAGCAUUUGUAGCCGGCAAAAAUCCAGCGAAACCUUCAAAGGGAGACAAAUUUUAUGCUGUGGCCGUGGGACAUGAAACGGGGGUCUAUGAGGAGUGGGCAGAUGCGAAAAAGCAAAUUGAUGGGGUCAAAGGGCCGAAAUAUAAGAAAUUUGCUACGAGAGAAGAGGCAGAGGAGUUCGUGAGAGAAGGUGGAAAGACUAAUAAAAAGGUUAAGACGGGAGCGGGAAAGGAGGAGAGUGGCAAGAAAUUGGUGAAGGGGAAAGACAAGGUUACGGUGGAGGAGAAAUCGCAAGAAUUUGUUAAAGGAGACACUAUCAAGGUCUGGACGGAUGGUAGUAGUAGGGGCAAUGGAAAAGUUGGGGCUGUGGCUGGAUAUGGAGUUUUCUUUGGAGACGGUGAUGAUAGAAACAUCUCGGCUCCCCUGGAAGGCACCCUUCAAACCAACCAACGCGCCGAACUCACAGCCGCGCUCCGCGCCCUCGAAAUUGUACCAUUAGAUAAGAGCAUCGAGAUUAUAACAGACAGCAAUUACACAAUAAAUUGUGCGACAGUGUGGUAUAAGAAUUGGGAGAAAAAUGGAUGGAAAACUAGUACUGGAAAGGCAGUUAUGAAUGAAGACUUAGUGAAGCAGAUCAGGGAAAUUAUUGAUAAGAGGACGAAAGCUAAGGUUCAGACUAACAUGACGUGGGUGAAGGGGCACGAUGAGAAUCCGGGGAAUGUGGCGGCGGAUAGGUUGGCUGUUAAGGGGGCAAUGGAGAAGAACAGGUGAGAAGCUCUCCGUUUGAGUCUCUUGCUUAGCACUCCGCAAAUUCUUGGAAUUCCUAGGAAGUGCACCUCCUCAUGUCACGAAUAUGAAGUGUGGGUGGAGUGAAAAGAGGAUUGCGUUCACCGUGGGCUUGAAUAUAGACAUCAAGCUGCAAAGGGAAAGUAUUUAACGAAAUGAGAUGAUACCAUUCUUUAGUGUACUGGUUUCCGUGGGACUUUGGGUAGGCAGCCACUAUUUUGUUUGUCCAAUAAAGACUUUUGUGAUAC